UCGCCUGUGGUGUUUUUAGAGUAAGAGUGGUGGGCAAACGGCCAGGGAAUAUGGUUCUAGCUUUUAUUUUGUUCUCGUUGUGCUUGUGGCAUCUGGUUGGUGUGUUUGGUGAUGAUGCAGAUGAAGUGAAGUCAGUGUCAGUGAUGAAGGGAGAUUCUGUCACGCUAAACAUUGAUGUUACUGAAGUACAUAAAUACUUGUUGAUUCAAUGGGCAUUUGGAAGCACACGAAUAGCUGAAUUCAACAGACUCACGCAAACCAACUCAACGUAUGAUGGUCCUGAUGAGAGAUUCAGAGACAGACUGAAACUGGAUCAAACCGGAUCUCUGACCAUCACAAACACCACAACCACAGACUCUGGACUUUAUCAACUAACAAUUGUCAGCAGAGGGUCAAGUUACAUUAAUUUCAAUCUUACAGUUUAUGAUGUGACAAAUGAAGAGAAGUCAGUGUCAGUGAUGGAGGGAGAUUCUGUCACUCUAAACACUGAUGUUACUGAAGCACAGAAAUAUUUGUUGAUACAGUGGACGUUCGGAGGCACUCGAAUAGCUGAAGUCAGCAGGCUCAUGCAAACCAGCUCAACAUAUGAUGGUCCUGAUGAGAGAUUCAGAGACAGACUGAAAGUGGAUCAAACCGGAUCUCUGACCAUCACAAACACCACAACCACAGACUCUGGACUUUAUCAACUAACAAUUGUCAGCAGAGGGUCCAGUUACAUUAAUUUCAAUCUUACAGUUUAUGAUGUGACAAAUGAAGUGAAGUCAGUGUCAGUGAUGAAGGGAGAUUCUGUCACUCUAAACACUGAUGUUACUGAAUCACAUAAAUAUUUGUUGAUACAGUGGACGUUCAGAGGCACUCGAAUAGCUGAAGUCAGCAGGCUCAUGCAAACCAGCUCAACAUAUGAUGAGAGAUUCAGAGACAGACUGAAAGUGGAUCAGACUGGAUCUCUGACCAUCACAAACACCAGAACCACAGACUCUGGACUUUAUCAACUAACAAUUGUCAGCAGAGAGACCAGCUACAUGAGUUUUAAUGUUAAAGUCUUAGUGACUCCACAAUAUUCUUCAUCAUCAGAAAGAUCAUCAAGCUCAAACUGUGUGUCGUCCAGCUCUGCUGUGAACAAUUCCACCAUCAACCAGACUGAGGAUGCCAACAUUACUGAUCUCUAUCAGCCAAGUUCAGAUCACAUCCACUGUUGUGGUUUUACUGAAGCUGUGAUCCGAUUGGUCGUCUCUGCUCUGGUGGGUGUGGCUACUGUUGCUGUGCUGGUUUAUGACAUCAGAUCUACAAGAAGUGAGCUGAUCAGAACAAACAAUACCAGACAUCACCAUCAGACUCAUCAAAUAAAUCAGACCAACAGUGUGAAUUGAGCAGAAGGUUUAGUUCCAGAUAUAUCAAUAUAUAAAGCAUAACAUACUAAUGCUUAUUAAAGCUCUGCACAUUUCCUGUUCCUUGCACAGCUAUUUAUUGACAUAUCAUUUUUACAUUCUUUGAUUAAUUUGAUUGAUCUAUUAAAUACAUCACUCUAAUUAAUUACUAAAUAUAAUUACUGUAAGCAAAAUAAUAACUAGCAACACAAAUAAUGGCAUAGAAUGAUCUCAUAAGCUCAAUCCGAGGUGACUGAUCUGCAUUUUUGGUGACUUUUAAUAAAAAUUUGGUUUUACA